AUGUUUACACUGAUCAUGCCAGGACACAAAGAGGAAGAGUACACAAUGGGGGAGUACACAAUGGGGGAGUACACAAUGGGGGAGUACAGAAUGGGGGAGUACAGAAUGGGGGAGUACAGAAUGGGUGAGUACACAAUGGGGGAGUACAGAAUGGGUGAGUACACAAUGGGGGAGUACACAAUGGGGGAGUACACAAUGGGGGAGUACACAAUGGGGGAGUACAGAAUGGGGGAGUACAGAAUGGGUGAGUACACAAUGGGUGAGUACAGAAUGGGUGAGUACACAAUGGGGGAGUACACAAUGGGUGAGUACACAAUGGGGGAGUACACAAUGGGGGAGUACACAAUGGGGGAGUACACAAUGGGGGAGUACACAAUGGGGGAGUACACAAUGGGGGAGUACACAAUGGGUGAGUACACAAUGGGGGAGUACACAAUGGGGGAGUACACAAUGGGGGAGUACACAAUGGGUGAGUACACAAUGGGUGAGUACACAAUGGGGGAGUACACAAUGGGGGAGUACACAAUGGGGGAGUACACAAUGGGGGAGUACACAAUGGGGGAGUACACAAUGGGGGAUAGUAGCGAUCAAAGUUGA